AUGAAAGUCCAUUAUUUUUCUUCAUCUAUCUUUCUUUCGAUCAGAUCAAAGAAUUUAAUGCAACCUAGAACCACACAUUUGCUUCUAUCUAAUAUCUUUCCUCUCUCUCUCUCUCUCUCCCCAUCUCUCUCUCUGUGUCUCUCUCCCUGCCCCCCUCUCUCUCUCUCUCUCCCUCUUGAGAUAGAUUUUGCAUUUAAAUUGUUUUAUUUUGCUUUUGUCUUCUCCCUUCUUUCUUGGAAAAGUUGCCUUUAUUUUGCUUUUGUCACUUCUCCCUUCUUUCUUGGAAUUGUAGUUGCUGUUUAUUUUGCUUUUGUCACUUCUCCCUUCUUUCUUGGAAUUGUAGUUGCUGUUUAUUUUGCUUUUGUCACUUCUCCCUUCUUUCUUGGAAUUGUAGUUGCUGUUUAUUUUGCCCUUCUCCCUUCUUUCUUGGAAUUGUGUUGUUGUUUAUUUUGCUUUGUCAUUCUCCCUUCUUUCUUGGAGUUGUAUAUGGUUUUCUCAUUUCCCUUCUUUCUUGGUGUUUGUUUUGUAAUUGCUUUUAUUUUGCUUUUGUCAUUUCCCUUCUUUCUUGUGUUUGUAGUAAUUGCUUUUGCUUCUCCUCCAUUCUUUCUUGGAAUUGUAGUUGCUGUUUAUUUUGCUUUUGUCACUUCUCCCUUCUUUCUUGGAAUUGUAGUUGCUGUUUAUUUUGCUUUUGUCACUUCUCCCUUCUUUCUUGGAAUUGUAGUUGCUGUUUAUUUUGCUUUUGUUGGAGUUGCUGUUUAUUUUGCUUUUGUCCUUCUCCCUUCUUUCUUGGAAUUAUAG